CCCGGGCUGAGCCGCCGCCGCGCGCCCCCGCCCGCAGCCGGCCCUCGGCGCCCAGGCCGGGGGGCUGUUUGCAAACUGCGCCCAUUUUGUGGGGCCGAAUCCGCCCGGGCUACGCUCCUCCAUCACGUGUCUGUUCUCUGGGGAGGCGGUAAGGGGCCGUGGAGCUGGCCUCAGCACCAGGAGAGGCUGGACUUCCUGUCUCUCUGUGCUGAAUGGCUGCGAUGGCGCCCGCUCUCACUGACGCAGCAGCUGAAGCACAUCACAUCCGGUUCAAACUGGCUCCCCCGUCCUCUACCUUGUCCCCUGGCAGUGCCGAAAAUAACGGCAACGCCAACAUCCUCAUUGCUGCCAACGGAACCAAAAGAAAAGCCAUUGCUGCAGAGGAUCCCAGUCUCGAUUUCCGAAAUAAUCCCACCAAGGAAGACUUGGGAAAGCUGCAACCACUGGUGGCAUCUUAUCUCUGCUCUGAUGUAACAUCCGUUCCCUCAAAGGAAUCUUUGAAAUUGCAAGGGGUUUUCAGCAAGCAGACAGUCCUUAAAUCUCAUCCUCUCUUAUCUCAGUCCUAUGAACUCCGAGCUGAGCUGUUGGGGAGACAGCCAGUUUUGGAGUUUUCCUUAGAAAAUCUUAGAACCAUGAAUACAAGUGGUCAGACAGCUCUGCCACAAGCUCCUGUAAAUGGGUUGGCUAAGAAAUUGACUAAAAGUUCAACACAUUCUGAUCAUGACAAUUCCACUUCCCUCAAUGGGGGAAAACGAGCUCUCACUUCAUCUGCUCUUCAGGGGAAUGAAGUGGAGGGAUCUGAAUCUGGGGACUUAAAGGGGGGUAUGACCAAUUGCACUCUUCCACAUAGAAGCCUUGAUGUAGAACACACAACUAUAUAUAGCAAUAAUAGCACUGCAAACAAAUCUUCUGUCAAUUCCAUGGAACAACCGGCACUUCAAGGAAGCAGUAGGUUAUCAUCUGGUACAGACUCCAGCUCUAACUUGGGGGUUGUCAAGUUGGAGGGUAAAAAGUCUUCCCUGUCUUCCAUUCUCUUCAGUGCUUUAGAUUCUGACACAAGGAUAACAGCUUUACUACGGCGGCAGGCUGAUAUUGAGAGUCGUGCCCGCAGGUUACAGAAGCGCUUACAGGUUGUGCAAGCCAAGCAGGUGGAGAGGCAUAUACAGCAUCAGCUGGGUGGAUUUUUGGAGAAAACUUUGAGCAAACUGCCAAACUUGGAAUCCUUGAGACCCCGGAGCCAGUUGAUGCUGACUCGAAAGGCUGAAGCUGCCUUGAGAAAAGCUGCCAGUGAGACCACCACUUCAGAGGGACUUAGCAACUUCCUGAAAAGCGAUUCUAUUUCAGAAGAGUUGGAGAGAUUUACAGCUAGUGGCAUAGCCAACGUGAGGUGCAGUGAACAGGCAUUUGAUUCAGAUGUCACUGACAGUAGUUCAGGAGGAGAGUCUGAUAUUGAAGAGGAAGAACUGACCAGAGCUGAUCCUGAGCAGCGCCAUGUACCCCUGAGACGCAGGUCAGAAUGGAGAUGGGCAGCAGACCGGGCAGCUAUUGUCAGCCGCUGGAACUGGCUCCAGGCUCAUGUUUCUGACUUGGAAUAUCGAAUUCGGCAGCAAACAGAUAUUUACAAACAGAUACGUGCUAAUAAGGGGUUGAUAGUUCUUGGGGAGAUAACUCCCCCAGAGCAUACAACAGAUUUAUUUCUUCCACUUAGUUCUGAGGUGAAGACAGAUCAUGGGACUGAUAAAUUGAUUGAGUCUGUUUCUCAUCCACUGGAAAACCAUGGUGCCCCUAUUGUUGGCCAUAUUUCAGAGUCGUUGUCUACCAAAUCAUGUGGAGCCCUGAGACCUGUCAAUGGAGUCAUUAACACUCUUCAGCCCGUCUUGGCAGACCACAUUCCUGGUGACAGCUCUGAUGCUGAGGAACAGUUACAUAAAAAGCAACGACUGAAUCUAGUUUCUUCAUCUGAUGGCACCUGUGUGGCAGCCCGGACACGUCCUGUACUAAGCUGUAAGAAACGGAGGCUUGUUCGACCCAGCGGCAUCGUUCCUCUUUCCAGGAAGGUUCACCGGAACAGCACCAUCCGCCCUGGCUGUGAUGUGAAUCCCUCCUGUGCACUGUGUGGUUCAGGCAGUGUCAGCAUCAUGCCUCCUGAGAUUCACUAUGAAGCCCCUCUGUUGGAACGUCUUUCUCAGUUGGACUCUUGUGUUCACCCUGUCCUAGCAUUUCCAGAUGAUGUUCCCACAAGCCUACACUUCCAGAGCAUGUUGAAAUCUCAGUGGCAGAACAAGCCUUUCGACAAAAUCAAGCCUCCCAAAAAGUUUUCACUUAAGCACAGAGCGCCCAUGCCAGGCAGUCUGCCAGAUCCAAUUCGUAAGGACAGGCACAAGUUGGUCAGCUCCUUCCUAACAACAGCCAAGCUGUCCCAUCACCAAAGCCGGCCUGACAGGACCCACAGGCAGCACUUAGACGAUGUGGGGGCCGUGCCCAUGGUGGAUCGAGUGACAGCGCCAAAAGCAGAGCGCUUGCUCAACCCACCGCCACCCGUGCAUGACCCAAACCACAGCAAAAUGAGAUUGCGAGACCAUUCAUCUGAGAGAAGUGAAGUGUUGAAGCACCACACAGACAUGAAUAGUUCCAGCUAUUUGGCAGCCUCUCACCAUCCACCACAUAGUCCCUUGGUGCGACAGCUUUCCACCUCUUCAGACACCUCCACACCUACGAGCUCUAGCUCACAGGUUACAGCCAGCACAUCUCAGCCAGUAAGGAGAAGAAGGGGAGAGAGCUCAUUCGACAUUAACAACAUUGUCAUCCCGAUGUCUGUCGCUGCAACUACCCGUGUAGAGAAACUACAAUACAAGGAAAUCCUUACUCCAAGCUGGCGGGAGGUUGAUCUUCAGUCUCUGAAGGGGAGUCCUGAUGAGGAGAACGAGGAGAUUGAGGACCUGUCCGAUGCAGCCUUUGCUGCCCUACAUGCCAAAUGUGAGGAGAUGGAGAGGGCACGAUGGCUGUGGACCACAAGUGUGCCACCCCAGCGGCGGGGCAGCAGGUCUUACAGGUCAUCAGACGGCCGGACAACCCCCCAGCUAGGCAGUGCCAACCCCUCCACCCCUCAACCCGCCUCCCCUGAUGUCAGUAGUAGCCACUCGUUGUCGGAGUUCUCCCACAGCCAGUCCCCCAGGAGCCCCAUUAGCCCAGAACUGCACUCGGCACCCCUCACCCCUGUGGCUCGGGACUCUCUGCGACACUUAGCCAGCGAAGACACCCGUUGUUCCACGCCAGAGCUGGGGCUGGAUGAACAGUCCGUCCAGCCGUGGGAGCGACGGACCUUCCCCCUGGCCUACAGUCCCCAGGCAGAGUGCGAGGACCAGCUGGAUGCACAGGAACGAGCAGCCCGCUGCACUCGGCGCACCUCAGGCAGCAAGACUGGCCGGGAGUCAGAGGUGGCACCCACAUCGCCUCCCGUUGUCCCCCUCAAGAAUCGACAUCUGGCGGCCACAGUCACAGCUCAGCGCCCUACUCACAGAUGAGCAGGAGACAAGAUUCUCAACAGACUCACUGAUUAUUGGCAUUAAAGCUUCAGAACUCUCUGCGUUUGAUAUUCAAACAUCAUAUGCCAGAAAUUUUCACAGUUUUUAGUGAAUUUAAGGAAUUUAGAUCCUACUUUGGUAUUCUUUUUUCUUUUGAUUUUUGUUUUGUUUUUGUUUCCAUGUUUUCUUGUCACACACCUGAGCACUUCCUCCAGUUGGCAAACAGAAGUUCAGGAUAAGACCCUGCUGUCCUGGACCUGGCACAUCCUCUGCAUUGUUGAAUCACUGGACUUAGUAACGUCAGAUCUCCUUCGCAGCUGUAGGCAGGAUGGAACAGCUAAGUGCACAGAGGGGAUGGAAUGCUCCAGUUCAGCAUUGCCUUCUUAGGUUAGAGUGGGGCAGGGCACUCUGGGCUCUUGACCCCUCUCCUGUCUAUGGCUCAGCCCAACUGUGCCCCUCCUGGUUGGGUCGCCCUUGGGUUUCUGUGCUGGAGCAUCCCCACCAGAGCCUCCUUGUCAUAACUGCCAGUUGUCCUCACUGAGUUCCCAGCUGGUAGAAUGGCUUCCUCUUGUCAGCAGACCUUGGAGACCUGUUUUAGUUUUCAUCUGCAUUUGGCCAUCUCUGCCUUGACUCCUUUGCAGUAACCUGGCUGUGGCUGCUCAGGUUUCCCCAGUCCUGCCUCUUCAUACCGUUUCCUGUCUGUCCCCACCCCCGCCCAUGCACACAUGCACCAGUCCUUCUCUCAGCCGUCUUCUCCCCCACUCUGUUCUUUGAAGGUGGGGUUAGGACUACGGAACUCCUGUUCCCACUCCCUUGGAGGCUGGAGCAUCUGGGAAGUGAGCAGCCAUCUCCUCCUAUACUUGAGUUUUCACCGACUGAUCACUUCAUCUCAUUUCCUUCACAUACAGUUCCCUGUCCAUGUCAACUAGACUCUAGACUCUUCCUCUGUGCUGCUCCCCUUCCUGUGGAACAUUGUCUGGUCCUCACUGUGGUUUCCAUCACACCCCGUCACCCUCCCUUUUACCUGUCUCAUAUAUAAUCACAUCACCAAAAAGGGGGAGGGGGGAAGGUGGUUUUGUUUUUUGUUUUUUCUUUUUCUUUUCUUUUUUUUUUUUUUUUUUGAUUUGUUUUUUCCAUUUUGUAAUCAUAUGAAAAUAGUAGACAAACUGCUUAAUGGUUGGGGUUUUUUCACAAUUUUCAACAUUAGUGAUUUUUUUUGGUUCUGUUUGCAAGUUAAAGGGUUUGUCAUUGUUUCUUUACAAACAAUAAUGCACCAUAUCCCUAUGCAUAAAGUGCUUCUUCUAUUUAUAAGGUUGAAAAUUCUGAAUAACCCUUUUAGCAUUGUAAAAAAAAAAAAAAAAGAACAAAAACAAAAAUUGAAAAAAAAAAACCUUGUAUUUUGUAAAUAUUUUCUUUUCCUGCUUUGAGCUGUGUUAUGGCAGCGAAACAUGUAGCUGUCUUUGUUCUAUAGAAAUGCUUUUCUUCAGAGAAGCUGAUCUUUGUUAAUGUCUUGAUUCUGUUCGCAAAGCACAGACUAGUGCUUAAAAAAAAAAAGAAAGAAAAAAUUGAAAAAAAAAAUAAAAAAAGAGUUACAGAA